GGCCUGCUCCAGAGGGGCUCUCCAGCAAAGUGAUGCUGAGAGGGUCAAAGGGCGACAGCACAGCAAGCGAUGCACCCAGAACACAUGACGGGAAUGGCAGCGUGAUGGCAAAUCAGAAGUGAAGUGACUCACUCCUCUAUCGCCCACAUCUGGCACAUUUUUUCUUUCCCCUGCAGCCACAAAGGAUCUGAGGCAAUGUAAAGUUUGAAUCGAGAGGCGAAGAAGGGCUCCGCCCAGGAAAUCUAAUUUUACAAUCCUGUUUCGCUUUAGCAAAGGCUGCCGGUGAGUGUCUGCCUCGGUCCCUACAACCAUGUACACAGCAAUCCCCAAAAGUGGCUCUCCCUUCGAUGCUUCUGUCAAGGAGCCAGGCCUACACAUCUGGCGGGUGGAGAAGAUGAAGCCUGUGUCCGUCCCAGCAGAGUUGAAAGGCAUAUUCUAUACUGGGGAUUCGUACAUAAUUCUUCACAAUGGAGCUGAUGAGCACUCCAGUGUGCACAUCUGGAUUGGCCAGAAUUCCUCCCGUGACGAGAAGGGGGCAUGCGCUCUGCUUUCCACCCACCUCAACUCCUUCCUGAAAGAAAAACCCAUCCAGUACCGGGAAGUGCAGGGCAACGAGUCUGAUGUUUUCAUGGAGUACUUCCCCCACGGCAUCAAAUACCAGGAAGGAGGUGUUGAAUCUGCCUUUCACAGGACCCAGCCCAGCCAACAAUCCAGCCACAUGCGCAAACUUUACCAAGUGAAAGGGAAAAAGAAUAUCCGGGCCACCGAAAGGGAAUUGAGCUGGGGUAGUUUUAACACUGGCGACUGCUUCAUCCUGGACCUGGGAGAGACCAUCUUUACUUGGUGCGGGGCGAAAUCCAACAUCCUGGAGCGCAACAAAGCCCGUGAUUUAGCAACGGCAAUUCGAGAUAGUGAAAGGAAGGGGAAAGCCAGAGUGGAGAUCAUUGAUGAUGGUGAAGAACCAGCCGAGAUGACAGCAGUCCUGGGUCCUAAGCCAGUUCUGAAAGAGGGCAGUCCGGAGGAGGAUGUGAUUGCCGAUCAGAAGAAUGCAGUCGCUGCUGCAUUAUACAAGGUCUCGGACAUGACAGGGAAAAUGAGCCUGACCAAGGUCUCUGAGUCCAGUCCAUUCCACCAGGACCAUCUCAUCACAGAUGACUGUUUCAUCUUGGACAAUGGCCACUGUGGCAAAAUCUAUGUUUGGAAAGGUCUCAAAGCCAAUGAGCAGGAACAGCAGGCUGCUCUGAAGGUGGCAGAGAACUUCAUCACCCAAAUGAAAUAUCCCCUGAACACACAGGUGGAAAUCUUGCCACAAGGCCGUGAAAGUCCUCUCUUCAAGCAAUUCUUCGUAAACUGGAAGUGAAACUGGAGUCUACGUAGCUAGCAAUAGUCAGUGCAUGUGCCUUACUCUGCGGCAACCAUUAUGCCUUAUUAAACUGGAGCCACUGUAUCCUCUCCAGCAUGCUACAUUUGCCUGAAGUUAAUUUGCCCGGCUUCAUUGCAUUCCAGACCUUGGAAGGAAAAAGAGCAGGAAGAGCAUAACUCUACUGUAGCACAUCUGCUUUGCAUGCAGAAGGUCGCAGGUUCGAUCCCUGGCAGCUCCAGGUAGGCCUCGGAAAGAUCUCUGCUGGAGACCCUGGAAAGAAGCUGUUAAUCUGAAUGAAAUAAAAUAUUUUUCCCCCUUU